AUGUCACAGUCUGAUCUCAAAACAUCUUCUCUUCAUAUCGAAUCCUCCAAGCCCUUGGACAGGGACCCGAUUUUGUUCGAGGGCCUUUUCGAGGAGGAAACACAACACAUUGAGAAACGCUUGGUGCGAAAGAUUGACCUCCAUUUGAUCUCUGCAUUGUUCCUACUGUUCAUCUUCAACAUCUUGGACCGAUCGAACAUUGCAAAUGCACGACUAGGAGGGCUACAAGAGGACCUCCACCUCUCCGACAAUCAGUACCAGACUUCAGUAGCUAUAAUGUUUGUUGGCUACCUUUUGGGUCAAGUCCCAAGCAACAUUAUCCUGACUCGGUUGAAACCAUCCCGGUAUAUUCCUACGGCUAUAUUCAUUUGGGGAGGCAUAUCCUUGUGUACUGCAGCAACCAAGAACUUUGCCGGGCUGAUGUGUGUGCGAAUAUUCCUCGGAUUUGCAGAAUCUCCGUUCUUCCCUGGAGCACUACUAUUGAUCAGUUCUUGGUACAAGCCGUCAGAGAUCGCGGUUCGAGUGGCAAUUGUGUAUUGUGGAAAUACAGUCGCCAAUGGAUUUGGUGGACUAUUAGCCGCCGGUAUCAUGACAGGGUUAGAAGGAAAAGGCGGGCUUGAAGGAUGGAGAUGGCUUUUUAUCAUUGAAGGUGCCGGGACUAUGGUAGCAGGCCUCGUCGCAGUGGCCUUGUUGCCGGACUUCCCUUCAUCGGGCAGGCAAAAGUGGCUCACCGAACAGGAGCAGCGCUUUGCUGAAUGGCGUCUUGCUCGUGCAGCAAACGACGAGGUCGACGAGAACGGUUCUAUCAAAGAAGCACUGCGUGAUGCCUUCAUAGACCCAAAAGCGUGGAUCCUCAUUCUCAUUCAGGUUUGCCAGCUUUCCUCGCAAACAUGGACAUAUUUCUUUCCUACAAUUGCCAAAACACUGGGUUACAGCAAUAACGUCACGUUGUUGAUUAUCGCACCAGUGUACAUCUUUGGCUUCAUCACUGCACUAGGCAAUUCCCUGAUCGCGAACCGCACCGACCAAAGGUUCAUACUAAUUGCCUGGCCUCUCUGCAUCGACAUUGUGGGUAACAUCAUGGUCAUCUCGUCUAAGGCCACUGCUGUGCGGUACACCGGCAUGUUUCUCAUGUGUGCCGGUUCCUAUUCGGCAUUUAGUGUGGUGCAGGCAUGGAUUGCCAGCACGAUACCUCGUACAAGAACCAAGCGAGCCAUUGUAUACGCCUUAGUGAAUUUGUUUGGCAAUUCGUCUAACAUUUACGGCUCUUACUUUUUUCCAACCAAAGAUUCGCCCCAAUACCGCCCAGGCGGUAUCACAUUGUCCUCCUUUGCUGCUGGGGGAAUUGUGCUCUCCUGUGUAUUGGCGUUUUAUCUGCAUAUGUUGAAUAUGAGAGCGAGAAAGGCAGAGGAGCAAGAUGGUCAGACACGCUACAAGUAUAUUUGGUAG